CAAAACAAGUCUGAGCUCUCACCAGUCCUUCAUUGCUAAUCGGCUUGUGAGGUGUCAGUACUGAACAGACUGGAACUGGAUUUACUAAGUAAAGACCUGCUCAUCGAGGUUUUUGCCACGAAAGUGGAACUUCGUGUUGGUGACCGAUAAAGGCUAUAUACGAUAUCCAAUGACUUAAGGAGAUCUUUCUCAGGUUAGCCUAUUGCGAUCGACCUCAACCACCGACAGACUAGGUUGGAACCAUGCAUCUGAAGACCUGUCUGGUUUUGUUUCUGACCUUGGUGCUGUUCAUUUCCUGGAUUCAUGCAUCAGGAUUGGAAAAUCAAAGCCAGAACAAGCGCGGCCUUCGAAGGCUCCGAAAACAGGAAAGGAAGUUGUUACAACGUUUUCGAAGACGGUUUCAUAGGGACUUCGAUCUCAAGUCUGCUGACCUGUUCCGAGGUCCGGGAUCAAGGAAGGCUCACAAAUCAUUGAGACGAAUCCGUGAUGAGUACACACGCAAAGGCUUUAGACGAAAUCCCCCUCCUCCCCCGCUCUCUCCACACCAACCACCAUUAAAGAAGAAUCCAGUGAAGCCCUCACUGAUACCCGAUGAUUAUGACCGGACCAAAAAACGGCCGAACAUUAUUCUAAUCAUGACAGACGACCAAGAUGUCGAGUUGGGAUCGCUUCAAUUCAUGCCUAAGCUCAAUCGGUUUCUUCGCGAGGAAGGGGCCUAUUUCGAACAUGGCUAUGUGACCACACCCAUGUGCUGUCCAAGCCGAAGUUCAAUGCUUACAGGACUCUAUGUGCACAACCAUCAGGUUCUUACCAACAAUGACAAUUGCUCCUCCACUGAAUGGGUGGAGAAACAUGAACCACGAAGCUUUGCCACGUAUCUUCAAGAAGCUGGAUACAAGACAGCUUACUUCGGCAAGUACCUCAACAAGUACAACGGGAAUCGCAUUCCAGUGGGUUGGGACGAAUGGGCGGGUUUGGUCCGGAACUCUCGCUUCUAUAACUAUACAAUCAACCGAAACGGAGAAAAGGUCCGUUAUGGCUUUGACUAUGCUAAAGACUACUAUCCCGACCUCAUCACGAAUGAUUCACUCUCGUUCUUCAAAAGUGCCAAAAGUCGGUCUCCAGAUCAACCCGUCAUGAUGGUCAUGAGCUUUCCUGGACCCCAUGGACCCGAAGAUUCGGCCCCCCAAUAUUCGGACCUGUUUUUCAACGUCACCACCCAUCACACACCAGCCUAUGAUUAUGCUCCCAAUCCUGACAAACAGUGGAUCCUGCAAGUGACAGACCGCAUGGAACCAAUUCAUCGGAAAUUCACCGACGUUCUUAUGACCAAACGUCUCCAGACGCUUCAGUCCAUUGAUGAGGCCAUUGCUAAGUUACAUGGUACCUUGAAAGAUAUCGAGGAAUUGGAGAACACUUACAUCGUGUAUACGUCAGACCACGGCUAUCAUCUGGGACAAUUCGGCUUGGUGAAGGGCAAGUCGUUUCCAUUUGAGAUGGACAUCAAGGUCCCUUUCUUCGUGAGAGGGCCUGGUUUCGAGGCUGGAUCCACUCUUGGGCAACCCGUAUUAAAUAUUGACCUUGCCCCUACCUUCUUGGACAUGGCGGGACUUCCCAAACCUCCUCACAUGGACGGAAAGUCCAUUCUUGACGUGAUUAAUAGCAAUUUGGUCGGGAAAUGGAGGGACUCGUUCCUCGUGGAACGCGGGAAAAUGACCACCCUCCGCUUUGAUAAGAUGCACAACGUCAAGAACAAUGAGAUGCCCCCAGGCGAUGUGAACACCGAGCGUGGCAAGGAGAUCUUGGCUAAGAAACGCUUGAACAAGCAAGCCCGACUAGCUAUCGAGUGCCUCAAGCCCAAGUUCCAAGAUCCGUGCCAACCUUACCAAAAGCACCAUUGUGUACUCAAACGGAAUGGGGGCUGGAAGUUUAAGCGAUGCCGCCUCUCGAUCUCCGCCCGUCACCUGCUUCCACCCGUUCAACUGCCCACUUGUCACUGCAUUCCCGGAGAUGAAUUCGGGUGGCGGAAACCUUUGGGGGAAUCCGAGAGCGAGUUUCAAGCCCGAAUCGAUCAGUUGUAUGGUGGUCCACACGGCUCCGAUAAUGGAACAGAAGAAUGGAAAGUGGAUCGGAAUCUGCUCCGACGACAUCGUGGGAAUGGAGUUAGUCGCAGGGAGCGGAAGUUGUUGCGGCAAGAGCAGAAAUUCCUGGCCAGCUUCGCUGGUUGGCGCCACCGACCUCGCCGGAAAAGUGGAAGGCGACAUCACCAACGAUGGAGAAGAGAUCUGGAUUUCGAAGAUAUGGACAAUGUCACGUCGACCAAUAUGACACCAAUUGCUCCAACUACCACGAGUAGUACAAUGUCCCCGACCUCCCCGAGGACCAUGUUGGCGUCGUCCGACGUUCCAUCGUCAGUGGUGGAGGAGGAAGCCCCCCUGGAGAUGGUAUUAGACGAAAUUGCCCAAGACGAGAUCCAAGAGGUUGAUAUCAUAAUGGAAGACAUCUCUGAUGAGAUCAAGGACCUACAGCAAUCCAUCAACGUCUCGGAAAGUUCAUCUGCCAACUCGCCCGUGGAACUGGAAUGCAGAGUCAUGGAUGACCAUGAAGUCAAUUGUAGUACCAAAGUCUUUGAAAGUCCUGAUGCUUUGCGAACAUCGCGAGCUCUCAUUAACGAGCAAAUCCGACGCUUGAGAGCCCAACUCAACGAGCUCAAGGAAAUUCGGAAGCAUCUUAAGAACACGCGUCCAUAUCAAGACUUUGAAUUUGAUUACGAUGAUCUAAGUUUCUCCGAAUCCGGACAACUUUCCCCCACUCCCAACUUGCAAGAUGCUGAUGAGGAGGGCGAAGAAGAUGCAUCGGAUGUUGAUGAUCAAGACGACGAGGAAGAUGAUCUCGGUUAUUUGCUCGAACGCAUCCCCAGCAAUGCAGUUCAAUGCAAAUGCAACGAGACGGCCCGAGAGAGGCUCCAGUCGUUCAACCGAGCCCAAAGAGAGCAAAUCAAAUUAGAGCGAUUAAGAAAAAGGCUGCGGAGAAGGGAACAACGCCAACGGAUCAAGGCCAGGAAAUCGCGCCGAGAAAGCCGCAAAAGCAAGGUCAAAAACUGCGUCACCGGUCAAGAGGAUAGCAGUCUCAAUUGCUUCGCCCAUGAUAACGACCAUUGGCGGACCGCCCCUUUUUGGACGAGCGGGAAGUUCUGCGCUUGCACCAACAGUAAUACCAACACUUACUGGUGUGUUCGGACGGUGAAUGCCACUCACAACUACCUCUAUUGUGAGUUCGUGUCUGGUACUAUCACUUAUUACGACCUGAACAUUGAUCCAUACCAACUGAGGAACAUCUACCAAACCCUCACUGACCAAGAGUUGAACUACAUGCACAUACAGCUGCGUGCUCACAUGUCCUAUUCCGGGUAUGAUGACUUUGAAGGAGGUCAGAGGCUAAGGCGAAAGCUCGAGGGCAAGCCCAAAGGCCACAAGAAGCAUAGGGAUCCCUUCUCGCGACGAUAUGGCCGGUUUUUGCCUUCGUCAAAGGCCCUCCACCAUCGUCGACGUGCUCGAAAUCGCAAGCAUCGCCGACGUGUGUCCUCGUUUUAGAGUGAUCUUCUUCCAAGUGAUAUCAAACGCUUUGAUGGCUCUUGGUCCCAAACAUACCAGCAAGUCCACCUCUCGAAGGGAUUCCACCUCCAACAAUAUUCAUUCAGCUUCACCACAAAUUACCACCUCCACUAAACCGAUUCAGUCGCAGCCGCCAUCUUCUUAUAUGUACAAAUUUAAACACCCAUAUCCAACUUCCAGUGGAAUCGAUUCUAACACAUUUUAUUAUUAAUCCAAUACCAUCAUUAUUUCUAUAUUAUUAUAUAUACAUACACACUCAUAUAUACACUUUGUUACAAGAUAACAAAGCCAUAUGCCUAAUUGUAAGCCCACACUGAACAACCUAUAAAUCAUCGUUUCGCUAAAAAUAUUCGCAAAUAUACAUAGCUUGCCUACUAAUCAAA